UAUAAACAUUUCAUCACUACGUAUUGAUAGAAAGUUCAAAAGAAUGAUUGAGUAACACUAUCCAUAUAUAUUGCAUGUAUAUAUACUGUACAAAGAUGGCUGCAAUAAAAUUUGGACCUAAGUUGAAGGAAUUACGAAUUCUUUUAUGUCAAACAUCAAAGUCUAGUUAUGGUGUUAGAGAGUUUAUUGAACAACAAUAUGUCCCUCUUAAAAGAAAUAACCCACAGUUUCCUAUUUUAAUUAGAGAGUGUUCCUCAGUAGAACCUCGUUUAUAUGCGCGAUAUGAAUUUGGAGUAGAACGUUGUAUUCCUCUACACAAUUUAAAAUCUGAAGAAAUAUUACAGAAGAUUCAAGAACUAGCAUCUAGUAAAUAAAAAUAAUAUUCUUAAUAUCAAUUCAUGUAUCAUAAUUUAUUUAGAUAUUAAAUAAAAUAGUAACAAAUUACAA